GAAUAUGGUUCCUUAUCCUUAGCUUUCAGAUGGUUUUAGCCUUUAGAUUUCAGUGAGAACGCAGCUCAUCACACUGAUUGCUUGCUGGAGUCGGGUCCGCUAACCGAUCCGCCAUGGUCGAUGCAGAACCUACGGGAGACGGGAAGGAACUCCGCCGCCUCCUCGCCUCCCUCUCUGCCGCCGCGGAAGACGUCCAAUCGUUCCGCGGCCGCUGGUCCUCCGUCUCCGUCACCGUUGCCCACCUCUCCGCUGCCCUAGACGACCUCGAUCGUCUCAAGUCUUUCCCCCUCGUCGCCAAACUCCUCUGCUCCCUUCUCCAAGCUGCAUCCUCCGCUCUUGACCUCGCCGUUCUCUGCCGCACCCCUGACCCUCCCGCCGCUCGGCUCCACACCCAGAGCAACAUUGCCGCCGCCUCCGCGGCCCUUCAGCAGCUCGCCGCAGACGCCGAUGUUCUCCGCCGCAGCGACGCUCUUUUCGACCCGCCGGAGGAAGGGAGUCGGCACCGAGAGUCUGUGCGGGAGGAGGCCCGGAGCCUCGUGAUUCGGCUUCAGAUCGGGAGCCCCGAGUCGAGGAUCGCCGCGCUGGAUUCUCUCCUCGACCUCCUAUGCGACGACAAGAACGUCAUGGCGACCGUCGCACAGGGCGCGGUGCCGGCGCUUGUCCGCCUCCUCGACUCCGUCUCCGUCGCCGCGUCCUGCCACGAGGCGAGGGAGAAGGCCGCGGCGGCGAUCGCAAGGAUCUCCGCCGUGCCAAGCUGCCACCACCUCCUGACCACGGAGGGCCUGCCCCUUCUCCACCACCUCGCCCGCGUCCUCGAGUCCGACGGUGGCGUCGCCAAGGAGAAGGCUUGUAUCGCCUUGCAAACCCUAACCCAGACCAGGGACAAUGCCCUCAUCAUCGGGUCCCGCGGCGGGAUCGCCGCACUCCUAGAGAUCUGCCGCGGUGGAACUCCCUCCUCCGCCCAGGCAGCCGCCGCCGCGGUGCUGAAAAAUCUCGCCGCGGCGCAAGAACUCCGGCAAAAAUUCGCCGAAGAGAAUGGAGUCCCGGUCAUCGUCGGAGUUUUAGCGUCCGGAACACCUCUUGCCCGAGAGAACGCCCUCAGCUGCCUUGGCAAUCUAUCUUCUAGUGAAGAAUCCCAAAACAUAAAAGUAUCCAUCUUCAAAGAAGGGGCUUUGGAAUCCCUGAAGAACUACUGGGAAGCAGUUGAAGCAGGAGAGCAUCAAAAUCUUGAGCUGGGAAUUCGCUUAGUAAGAAACUUGGCAUGUUUCAGGUACAUAGCAGAGGCCAUCGCCGCCUCCGGCUUCCUUCUCCGCGUCACCAGCGCACUGGAGAGCUCCAGGCCAGGAGCAAGAACAGAGGCAGCCAUGGCAGUAGCUGAAUUAUCUUCAGUUUUUGGGAGGGCGAGGAAGGAGUUUGAGGGCGCAGUCACUCCCCUGGUGCGGAUGCUGGAAGCAAAAGCCAUGGAGGAAAAGGAAGUUGCUGCAAAGGUUGUGGCUUCUCUGAUGUCAUUCCCUGUGUAUCAGAGAUUGCUGAGGAAGGAGGAGAAGGGAAUAGUAAGCAUCGUUCAGCUCCUCGAUCACUCAGUUCUUGUCGAUAAGAAGUUCCCAAUUUCAAUACUGGUAUCGAUUUCAAAGUCAAGAAAGUGUAGGAAGCAGAUGGUGGCGGCCGGAGCCUGCGGGUACUUGCAGAAACUUGCGAUCAUGGAGGUGGAUCGGGCAAAGAAGUUGCUUGAGGACUUGCGAAGAGGAAAGAUACUGGGAGUAUUUCCAAGAACUUGACUGACAAGUAUGGACACUGAGCUUGAGGAUACUCCAUGUGUAUAUAACAAUAACACUGCCUCAGCAAAUUGUUAUCAGCCUCUUGAAUCUUUCUGAAGAUGAUAUUGUACUAAUCACAUGUGUGUCGGCUUAAGAUUGUUGAGUCAUUCAAGCACAGUUUCUCGUUGCUUUGAAAAUUGUCAAUGACUACUUUUGCCUUGGGAGUAGGUAGGCUCUUAGUCUGAAGUUAUAUAAUUCUUAACCACAGAGAUUUUUAAUCA